AUGGCGGGGAUGGCGGAGGCGCUGGCGAAGGAGCGGGCGGUGGCGGCGGGCGCGGGGCGGCACGACCGCGCUGUGCCCUACCUGGGGCAGCGCUUCGGGGCGCUGCGCCAGGAGUGCCUGCAGGAGGGGCGGCUCUUCCAGGACCCCUCCUUCCCCGCCGGCCCCACCGCCCUCGGCUACCGGGAGCUGGGGCCCCGCUCGCACAAGACGCAGGGCGUCGUCUGGCGCAGACCCACGGAGCUGUGUCCCAACCCCCAGUUCAUAGCCGGCGGAGCCACUCGCACGGAUAUCUGCCAAGGGGCCCUAGGGGACUGUUGGCUUUUGGCAGCCAUUGCUUCUCUCACCCUGAAUGAAGAAAUUCUGUCCCGUGUUGUUCCCAAAGACCAGAGUUUCCAGGAUAAAUAUGCAGGAAUUUUCCACUUCCAGUUCUGGCAAUAUGGGGAGUGGGUGGACGUGGUGGUGGACGACAGGCUGCCCACCAAGAAUGGGGAGCUGCUCUUCGUGCACUCGGCAGAGGGCAGCGAGUUCUGGAGCGCGCUGCUGGAGAAGGCCUAUGCCAAGCUGAAUGGCUCAUAUGAGUCCCUCUCUGGUGGCACCACCACUGAAGGCUUCGAGGACUUCACUGGUGGCAUUGCAGAAUGGUAUGAGCUGCAGAAGCCACCCCCCAACCUCUUCAAGAUCAUUCAGAAGGCACUCCAGAAAGGCUCUCUCCUUGGCUGCUCCAUUGAUAUCACCAGUGCUGCAGAAACAGAAGCAGUCACUUCCCAGAAGCUGGUGAAGGGACACGCGUACUCGGUCACCGGGGCAGAGGAGGUGAAUUUCCGAGGAACAGUGCAGAAGCUGAUCAGAAUCCGAAAUCCCUGGGGAGAAGUGGAGUGGACUGGGAAAUGGAAUGACAACUGCCCAAACUGGAGUGGUGUUGACCCGGAGGUGCGGGAACGACUGACCAGGAGACACGAAGAUGGGGAAUUUUGGAUGGCGUUCAACGACUUCCUGAGGCAUUACUCCCGCCUGGAGAUCUGCAACCUGACUCCAGACACCCUGGCAAGUGACAGGUACAAAAAGUGGAGCCUGCAAAAGCUGGAUGGCAACUGGAGGCGAGGAGCCACUGCAGGGGGCUGCAGGAACUACCCAAACACAUUCUGGACGAAUCCUCAGUAUUUAAUCAAGCUGGAGGAGGAAGAUGAGGACCCUGAUGAUCCUGAGGGGGGCUGCACUUUCCUCAUUGGGCUGAUCCAGAAGCACCGUCGGAAGCAGAGGAAGAUGGGGGAGGACAUGCACACCAUUGGCUUUGCGAUUUAUGAGGUGCCCCCAGAGUUUUCUGGCCAGACAAAUAUUCAUCUGAGCAAAAACUUCUUCCUGACCAACAAAGCCCGGGAAAAAUCCAACACCUUCAUCAACCUCCGGGAGGUGCUGAACCGGUUCAAGCUCCCUGCAGGAGAAUACAUCAUCGUGCCCUCCACCUUUGAACCCAACAAGAAUGGGGACUUCUGCCUCAGAGUCUUCUCUGAAAAAAAUGCCAACUCCACGGUGAUAGAUGAUGAAAUUGAAGGCAAUUUUGAUGAGACUGAGAUCAGUGAGGAUGACAUCGAACCCAGCUUUAAAAAGCUUUUUGGGCAGCUAGCAGGAAAUGAUGCAGAGAUCUCUGCCUUCGAACUGCGCAGCAUCCUGAAUAAAAUCCUGGCUAAACGCCAAGAUAUUAAAUCUGAUGGCUUUAGUAUUGAGACAUGCAAAAUAAUGGUUGACCUGUUAGAUAAUGAUGGGAGUGGCAAACUGGGACUGAAGGAGUUCCACACCCUCUGGACAAAGAUUCAGAAAUACCAGAAAAUUUACAGAGAAAUUGAUGUGGAUCGAUCGGGUACCAUGAACUCGUAUGAGAUGAGGAGGGCACUGGAAACAGCAGGGUUCAAACUGAACUGCCAGUUACAUCAGGUCAUCGUGGCUCGUUUUGCAGAUGAGGAUCUUGUCAUUGACUUUGAUAACUUUGUGCGCUGUUUGAUUCGGCUUGAAACCUUGUUCAAAAUGUUUAGAAAACUGGAUACAGAAAAAAGUGGGACAAUAGAAUUGAACCUUGUUAAUUGGCUGUGCUUUACUGUCAUUUGAGCCACUGGCAUCAGCCUGAGACCUCAACAAGAGCAUGAUCAGGUGAAGAUAAUCAAGCUACAUACAAGUAAUAUCCAAACAUGAAUGUGCCUUAACUUACACAAAGCAAGCAGAUUUUGCACGCAAUUGCAAGAAGAAAAGCAUUCUACUUCCACAGAAGAACAUGCAACCUCAUUUUUAUGGGUCUGACAGUCUGUGCCUACUCUCAUAUAGCCUCUGGAAAAAGGCUUUAGUUUAGUAUCAAUCCUCAGUGCAAGUUUUGAAAACACUGCUUUGCUAAUAUCUUUGUAUUUAAGGCAUUUUACAGGACUUCAGGAAGAAAAGCUCAUAGCUUGACAGUCUGGUUUUAAAAAGUGCUUUUUGAACAUCCUGCAUAUCUGAAAUUAGUAAAGAGAUAGUAUUGCAUAUCUAAACACCUGUACUCAGAAAUAGGGGUUCCAAGCCCCAGCACUAUCCUAGUGAAAUAUUCUUUAAAGAAUUUGAGUAGCAAGUACAUAUUUGGCCAAAGUGAGCAUUGAUGUGCCCAGAGCUGGAGGCUGCUGGUAACAAGAUUCUGCCAAGAGAAAGCUCAUGCUUUCAGGUGGAAUCUUGAGUUCCUGUAUCUUAUUUAUCUUCCUUUGAAAUACAAGAAAGCAUUUAAAUUAAAAAAAAAAAAAGUAGAAAUAAAGUUUGCCAGAAAAUAAGCACUUUUUAUUUCUUAGAGAUUGAGAUUAUAUACCCCACACCCAGCCUGUUGAAAGCAGAGGCUGUGACUGAGCCAAUUGCUGCUGCCUUUAGUUUCCCCACCUGAGGAAUUGUGUCCUCCUUACAAACUAUUUCUUCCUUAUGGGCACCUUUUCAGAAAGCAGUAGGACUUACCUAGUAGGAAAACAUGAGCCUGCAGGGUGAGGCACUUUCUAAAUACCCUUAAGGAAUUAUUUGCUACUCCGUUAAAUACUGUUCAGUAUCAAGUUAUUGCCAAAUGGAGAGAUAGAAAGGAUAGAAAAGGCUUUAUAGGAAAGGCUUUAUUUGGAAAAUACUUGUACCAAGUUGUUUUUUUUUCUUAAGUAUGUCCCUUAGCUUUUAAAGUUAACAAUGUGUCACUAACAGAUUCAGUUCAAUUUCAAAUGCAGAAAAACUACCUUGAAUGGAUGGGGGAGGAGGGGCUCAGUUUAAUACAGAAAGUAGCUGAAAGUUAGUGUAAUGUACAACAACAGUGUGUCUUACUGGUAACAUUUCUAAUAAAAAUCACUAUUAAAAUA